AUGACGAUUACUAACUGCAUGCCCACUCUAGCCACCGAAGCAGGUCUUGGUUCUCCCAUCUUUCGGGAAGUUGCGACCACGACGGAUGCUCCACUCUUUCGCAACAAGGAACAGGCAAACACCAAGAAAAAUAAAAGAAGGUUUUCUUUGAAAAAGAUGAUGACAAAGAUCAAGUCGUCCAAGAGAAUCCUCAAGAUUAGCAAGUCCGCCAGUCAAGAUAGCAGUGAUGAUGCCAUGGAGCCCAAGAAGCUAGCCUUUGGGGCAGGAUCAUCCUCUACCAGUGCUCCAAGACUGGAAAUGGUGGCAACUGAUGAUGACAUCUCAUCCGCUAGUUCCGAAGACUCGGAACGAGGGCAUGACGUCGUCCACAAAGAGGCUCACAAAGAAUCUGCGUCCUCUAAAAUUAUUGAAUCAUCAUCCUUUGCUGUCGUCGAGCCAGCAAUGGAGGAACAAGAGAUCAAGUUGGAACAAGAAGAAGAAGGCACGUCUGAAGCAACGCAACCAGUCACAAAGAUCAUCAACUACGAGAUUGACGAUGAAGAAUAUGUGGAAGAGAAGGAACCCGAGAAGACACCAUGUACCGCAUCUGAUGCUGUGGCUCUUCUUUUGGCGGGUGCCCUCAUGGCAGCUCAAGCACUUGCUUACUAA